AUGAACAAAAGAGACACAUUCUAUUACUGGUAUUUCGUCAUUCAUAUCCCCGUGACCCUUGUCAUGGACCUGACGAUUGUGAUUCCAUCGGAAUGGCAGCCUGCCUGGCAAAAGGCUCUCCUAGCUUUCCACAUCAACACCAACAAGGACUUCCUUCUACGGGAAUUGCCAUUGUGGUUGAAGAUCUCCGGAACUUUUGAGCUAUUUGUUCAGUUGCCCAUCUUCUUCAUUGCAGCACGGGCCUUGCUGCGCCAGUGCCAGAAGGUGUACGUGUUGAUGACCGUGUAUGGGUUCAACGCAUUUUUCACCACGUUCUUGUGUUUGGCAUAUGCAUGGAGAGACGGCCCCGCUCACGGAUUGACCAACGGAGAAUUGACCAACUUAUUGGCUCUUUACACGCCGUACUUCUUGAUCCCGUUGUUCAUGAUGGUAGACUGUGGAGUGAGAACUACCAGGCUCAUAGGAAAGGCGAAGACCGAUUAA